AUGUCUACCACCAUGCACACCCUCUCCACGAGUGGGGGGAUGGGGGCGUACCGACAGGCCUUCGCCGCGCGCAGCCCGCCCGACCCGUAUUCCGCUUCGUUGAGCUGGAAUCGGAGCGGGAGCACUCGGGGGAGGGGGGGAGUGGCAUGUCACCAUCUCAGCCCGAUCUCGGCGAAUACCGCCGGGGUGAAGGGGGAGUUCCCGGCCUCACCGAACCGCACGCAGCGGAUAAACUCACGCGAUGGUGUUUUGCAGGUGGAGGUUUCCUCCGUUUCGAACACCACCGGGAGCGGGUCAAAUCCUGCAGAUCUCGAACUGAGCUGCUCCUUGCUACAGCAAAGCUGGCUCCCGUGCAGUCCAUCCAACUCGAACAGCAGCAGAACGGAGAUGGGAUCCGAUGAAGACAACCCGAUACCGAAUUCGAGCUAUGAAUUGAAUCCAAGCCCGACAAAUACAGCCAUGGAUGAUGAUAUAAUCACGGUCACCACAAUGACUUCCACCGCCACCACCGCGACGCCGACGCGGACCCCGAAGGCGGGCAAUUGGUCGCCAGGACCUCGACCGCUUUGCCAGGGCUUUGGCUUUAUGAGUGGGGAUCGGGGCAAAGGCCGGCCGCAGGAUGCCGCGAAGGCCUCUCCAUGCGUUCAGUUCGUCGGGGAUAGCAAGCCCCUAGUAGAGCGUGCCAAGGGAUCGAUCCUCGGCAAUAGCCUAGGCAUCGACGCGGACGAUCCCGAGACGUCUGGUGUGGUGGUGAUCGGCCGAAGCGCGGCGAGGGUGAGUUUGGUGCACAAACAAUCCGGAUUCAGUUCCCCACGUGCCUUUGAGCAUUUCAAAGACUUGGACCCCACGAAACUUGAUAAGGUUGGCUGCGAGAAUUCGCAUAUCACAUCCGAUGGCGGCGGGGCUGUCGCUGCACAUCGUCGCAAUACAGGGGUUUUAUCUGCCCGGGAGACCUUUUUUUCGACCUUGCCUCGCCUUUCCGACGUCAUCACGACGGACAUCACGAUGAAGUCCUUGGAGAAGGUACUGCUAACGGGUGCGCCGUGCACUUGGCUGAGUUGUAUUGCUUUGGCGAUCUCCUACGUAUCGGGUGUACCGACCACGGUGGAAAAGGUGCUGCGGGUGAACAGCAUUGGUAUGCACUGUGUUUGCCAACCCGCCAUCACCCUAGCAGAGGCGUACGACAUGGUGAGUAACUAUCUGCACGUUAGUUUUCACUGCAAUUCGACACCGUCUUUGUAUACGAACCCUGAGGAACUUCAGGAUGAGGAUGAGGACAAUAAGUGGCUGAAACCGGAGGAGCAGAAGCUGCUACCGCAUUUGCACUGCGAGAUGGCGACCUUUGACUCCGAGGUCCUUGAUCCCAUCGACGAAAAUGACACCAGCUACGGCAUGGGCGAGCAUGCACCGGUAAUCUCGCUUGCAAAUUUUCGCACGAUGCUCGUCAAAUACUUGAGCGAUGGUCGUUCCAUUUACAUCUUCAACUUUGAUCCGUACAUCAUUGAAAUGGAUGAGAGGCGACUGCGCAGUAAUAUGGCGGAGACGGAAGAGGAAGCUGCAGCUAUCCUCACCGGGACGUGCACCAAACCUAACAACGAGGGGACGUUUGGGAUUUUGUUAAACUUUAGUGUGGCACGGAAUACGGCAACGGUGGUAAUCCCUCACCAUUCGCGUGAGCAGCAUCCCAUGCGUAAGAUGUUUGAAGAACCAACGCGCUCCCCUAAUAUACGGCCAAAGGGGACCUGCAAAAGCAGUGGUGGGGGCGAAGAUGCCGUCCCGCACUACUGUCACCUCCUCUCCGCAGACGAGCUCCAGCGGCGUUUCUCCUCAGUUUUCUCCUACGUCCUCCUGGAGGAGCACGUGAUUAGCCUGAAUGUUUUGUACGAGGCGGUUCGACAGAGGGAUUCUUAUACCAAGCUUUCGCGCGGCUUUGUGCGGGUUUUUUUUGAUCAAAACUUUUCCUCCAGCAUCCCCUCGAUCUUUCCGCUUUUUGUGUUGGACGGCAGCAGCUCUGCGGGGCUCGUGACAAGCGUCCUGGACGCCUCCAUCGCACCACACCUGCUGGGGCUGGCGAUGAUGCAUCAUCUCACGAUUACUUUUUUGUUAAGCGAUACCGCACGACGAAAGCAAAGCAGUCGAUGCCUACUGAACAAGACCAACGUCUGCGACGUGAAGCUGCGCGGGAUCCCGCUCACGAAGAUCUUCCAGCAGUUGCGGCUGCCCCUUUCGAUUAUCGUCAGCUCGAGCACGCGCUCAUCGAUCGCAACCGUCUUCGCCUGGUAUCGGAUCUUUUUGCAGAAUUUGCAAAUCGCGCAGGAAGUGCGGCUGGGGAUCGUCCUGCCGGUGCGUCGCGGGAACUCGGAGGAUGGGCAGCCUAACCUCACCGAAGAGCAAUUUCUUUCUCAUCUGCGGCUCGUUGUGAACACGCGGAGCGUGAUGUUGAUUAGCUUCAACAUUAACAUCGCCGUUAACCUUAAACUCAGCGACAGCCCCGAGCCGGCACAUUUUGCGAUCGUCAUCGGGCUCGACGAGGCGCGCGGUGUGAUUCGACUGGCGGAUGUGAACGUCAAGCGCUUUCGGAAGACUUGGCAUGUGCCCUUUCACCGUCUGUAUAACGCCAUCAUGGGUUACGGCUACGUUGUCGCGGCGAAGGAGAACAAGGUCAUUAAGGGGUUAAAUUGUAAAAAUUUUCAGGCAGAGGUGUUGAAGUGCGGGCGAUACGCGCUCCCUCCCCAGCUCGAGGUGUGCGAGCACCGCUUUGAGUACCCUUCGCAUCCCUAUGCGGUGACGUUGCUGGCAGAUGCUGUUGGCCGUCUCGGCUUCCACGCCGACGUCGAGCGCUUCUUAAACUACUCCGGAUUUCAUAUUUCAUACUUUCUCUCCAAGCGGAUGCCACUAGAGGCGGCCGUGCAGGUGGUGCAAAACUAUUCUCAUUACGCCCUGGACGACGCGCUCGCUGUGGAGGCGACGCAUUUUGACUACCACAAAGACCACCUCCCGGCUGGGGAGGAGGACCCGUGGCACCCUGUCAACCCCCACCACAAGGUCUGGACGGAGGAGGAUCUUCUGCGGCAGAUUCGGCACGCCCUCGGGAGCCCCGGGACGCGGCGGUUAGUGGUGAACUUCAACCAGCACCUUCUGCACGCCAGUCCGGAGCUCUGGAAUGGGAGCCAGGAUGGGGGCUAUUACGCGAUGGUCAUGGGCUUCGACGAGCGUCCCCGCCUGGUCGCCCUCUCCGACAGCAACCCCUGCUCCUUCUACCGGUUCUUCGUGCUGCCCUUGGGCUCCCUGUUUGAGCUGCUGUGCCAGCCCAACGUGGGGGAGACCCGGGCCUACGGGACGCUGCUGUUACACCGCGACCACACUCGGGACGGGGUCUACGACAACACCCGCGGCUACGACAUGGCGCACGCCCUGGUCCACCACCCAUUUCGCCCGAUCAUCUCCGCCGCCUGCUCCUGCAUGGCGCUCGCGGCGACGGAGAUGAUGAUGAAUAUCGAGAUGCCCACGAUGCUCAACGGUGCCCCGAUCGCCCUGGAUGAUGAAAAAAUGAAGUACAGGCGGUAUAAUAAUAUCUUCUCCGCUGAGGAUUUCUUGUAUCGGCUUUCGUCCUUUAAUUUGCACGCCUGGUUAACAAACACGACGUCAGUGCUUAGUACGGAUAUCGUACCAUUGGCGAACGGCGCGUUGAAGAAGCUGAAUCUACCGCUGAUCGUGAUUGACGCGACGCACGGAGAAGCCGAGGCUUUGACAGAUCCUGAGGCUUUUGUGAAGGCGUGCCUCGGGAUUAGCGGGCUUUUUACGAUUACGAUUAUUGCCUAUGAUACCGAUAAGAUGUAUGGCGUGCCGCAUGGCUCGCUUGGUUUGGUAAAUCGCGUUGAGGUGAAUGAAGAGGAUGCUAACGAUACGACGGUGCAGAUGCUGGAGGGAAAUCCAUGCCUUUGGGGUCCGAUCUGUGAGCGAACAGUGCGGGAACUCAUGCCUAUGGUGAGCGCCAUCGUAUGCGUCUGUGAAAACACUGAAGAUGAGGGAUGUGAGAAUAGCUUUUAG